CUCCCAGCGCCGGUGAGUGGCGCUCUAGCUGCAGCCUGUCUGCGGCCGCCACGCCCCGGACUACACAUCCCAGAGGACCUUGCUCCCCGCGCUGUCGUAAUUUGAACCAGGCAGCGCCGGCCUAGGAAGAGUUGCUGUAUAGCUUAGCGCUACUGGGGCGUCCCUCCUCUGCUGCUGCUGAGCCUGCCGAGAUGGUUGUCCUCCUCCUCCUCCUCCUCUUCCUCCCCUUCCUGCUGUACGUGGCUGCGCCCCAAAUCAGGAAAAUGCUGUCCAGUGGGGUAUGCACAUCAACUGUCCAGCUUCCUGGGAAGGUAGCCGUGGUCACUGGAGCUAACACAGGCAUCGGGAAGGAGACAGCCAAAGAGCUGGCUCAAAGAGGAGCUCGUGUAUAUUUGGCAUGCCGAGAUUUGCAAAAGGGGGAGUUGGUGGCCAGAGAGAUCCAGACCAUGACAGGGAAUCAGCAGGUGUUGGUGCGGAAACUGGACCUGUCUGAUACUAAAUCUAUUCGAGCCUUUGCUAAGGAUUUCUUAGCAGAGGAAAAGCACCUCCACAUUUUGAUCAACAAUGCAGGAGUGAUGAUGUGUCCUUACUCUAAGACAGCAGAUGGUUUUGAAAUGCACAUGGGAGUCAAUCACCUGGGUCACUUCCUCCUGACCCAUCUGCUGCUAGGGAAACUAAAGGAAUCAGCCCCAUCAAGAAUAGUAAAUGUAUCUUCCUUAGCACAUCACCUGGGAAGGAUCCACUUUCAUAACCUGCAGGGUGAGAAAUUCUACAACUCUGGCCUGGCCUACUGUCAUAGCAAGCUAGCCAACAUUCUCUUCACCAAGGAACUGGCCCGAAGGCUAAAAGGCUCUGGCGUUACGACUUACUCUGUACACCCUGGCACGGUCAAAUCUGAACUGACUCGGCACUCAUCUUUCAUGAAAUGGGUGUGGCAGCUUUUCUCCUUCUUCAUCAAGACUCCUCACCAGGGAGCCCAGACCAGUCUGCACUGUGCCUUAACAGAAGGUCUUGAGACUCUAAGUGGGAAUCAUUUCAGUGACUGCCAUGUGGCAUGGGUCUCCGCGCAGGCUCGUAAUGAGACGAUAGCAAGGCGGCUGUGGGAUGUCAGUUGUGAUCUCCUUGGCCUUCCAGUAGAUUGACAGGCAGUGGCAGUUGAACUCAGAAGAAGACUAAAGCAGACUACACGGUAUUUCCUAACAAAAGAUUCUCCUCCAUGUUGGCCAAAACCUUAAACAAAAGAAAAGAAGACCUUCCAGUCUUGCCUGUGUGGUUGCAUUUGAAACUCAGUUACGCUGCCAGUUUCAUCUGAUUCCCUUUAGUUUGUCCAGAUUUCCUUUGCUCUUGUUGCUUCCAGAGUUACCAGAGAUGUCAUCAAAGGAUAAGAAGACCCUCAUCUGACCUACGUAACCCUAUUUUCCUUCGAAACCUAUUACUUCCUAGGGGAAUAUAAGCUAUGGCAGGGUUUAUUUGUGGGAAUUUGGAAUAGUUUCUACCCUGUUUGUUCACAAUAUAGUUCUUGCCAACCAACAAAUCUUCGCUUCAAGAGAGCCACACUACAACCUCAGCCAAACUCUGUGAAUCACAGUGGCUUGGCCUAAGGGCAGUGCUUAUUCCCUACCUCUUUAACCUUCGUGCACCAACAUCUGGCUUCUUUCAGGAAAUUCUUAAUUGAAUCGAUUAUAGCAAGGCCUUAUUUCUGACAGCCUAAAGCUUAAUAUCUCUUACAAACAGUUUCCCAGUCUAGACCAAAGAAGAGCUUCCUUUUCUAAGAAGGUGGUGAGGCUUAGGGGAUGGCAGAAAUAAAAAUGAAGUUCAAACUGUAAUUUUCCUGCUGUUUCUCAGGCUAGCAAACAGGUAAUGUAAGGAGCACUACCAGAAGAAGGGCCACUUAACCCCAGUUACUGACCCCAGACCCAUGGAGACCUCAUGGGUUUUUUUUGAGAUAGUCUUACUUGGUCAACUCUUGGGAGUGCCGUGAUGUUAUAGCUCACAGCAACCUCAAACUCUUAGAAUCCAGCUCUUCUCUUGCCUCAGCCUCCCAAGUUGGUGGGACUACAAGCACCUGCCACAACACCCAGCUAUUUUUUAGAGAAGGGGUCUCACUGUUGCUUAGGCUGGUCUUGAACUUGUGAGCUCAGCAAUCCACCUGCCUCAGCCUCCCAGUGUGCUGGGAUUGCAGGUGUGAGCCACUGUACCCAGCCACGGCCUCUUGUUUUUGUGCCUUAGUUUCCCUUAGAAAAACCAAAAGAGGAAAGGAAAGGCUUUGGGGUUAUCGUUAUUGUGUAUAUCCUUGUGUGUCUUCUUGUAUGUUUAUACACUUGGGAGUACUUUCACAAAAUUUAAAACAACCACAAAGUAACAGUGGCUAGACCCUAAGGCAGGCAAUCAGAGAUGGAGUAAACCAGUGUCCUCCAGUCUUUGAUACGGAAGCAGAUUCUGUCUGGGUGGGUAGUACCUGCUAUGAAGCACAUGAAUAGCCGGGAAGAAGUAAAAAAAGAAUCCUUGGAGAUAACGUGUGAAAUAAAGGAACUAGUUAAGGAUUUAAAAACCAGUAAUAUAGCCGGGCGUUGUGGAGGGCGCCUGUAGUCCCAGCUGCUCGGGAGGCUGAGGCAAGAGAAUCACUUAAGCCCAGGAGUUGGAGGUUGCUGUGAGCUGUGUGAGGCCACGGCACUCUAUCUACCAAGGGCCAUAAAGUGAGACUCUGUCUCUACAAAAAAAAAAAAAAAAAAAAAACAGUAAUAAAUACCUCUAGAAGAAUUGAGGGUGAGCACCCAAGACUGAUGAGGUACUGUCUUAAACACCAAUCAAUGUGGCAAAAAAAAAAAAAAAAAAAAUCCAAAACACAAAAACCCCAAAAUUAUUUCAAGGACUGAUACUGAUAAUUACAGUCAAUUUCAUAAUCUUACGUUUUCUUACAUUAUCUUGACAAGAUUAAAAUAUCUAUUUGCCAAAAUUCUAUAUUUUAUUUGGAGAACUUUUAUCAAAAGUAAUGCUGCCAAAGGAAGUCUGAGGAGUUGGUAAUGUUAUCAUCCCUUGUUUGGAAUAUGCUAUUCUAAUAGGGUUUGGGAUUUCAUUGAGCCGACAAUUAAAUUUUAACUUUGGUAUGUAAAAGAAGUAUAGGACCCCACAGUCUUCUCAUAUUUGUAAAUCUUGUUGAACUUGUUUUGACCAUUAAAUUUAGAAAUGGUCAUUUUAUGUAAAAAUUGGAAAUCUUUUGAUAAUACUGCAGUAGAAUAAAUGAAUUAUUAAUAUUUUACUUAUAUUGAACUAUCAAUGACAAAUAAAAAUUUUUGGAUUAUUUACUAUGUUUUUAUUUGCCAGAA